UGCGGAGGGGAAGGCUUCGCUCUCCGCGCUCCCGAUGCGUAUGGAGGAAUCCUCGUGAAAACAGCGCCCGAUGUUUCCCACCCCCCCCCCCCCAAAAAAAAUCCAAACCCAAACAAACCACCUACUUGGAUAAUUAAAACGGUUUUUGGCAGUAUCCAGUGUUGCUAUGGCUGAUUGAAUUCCUAUUAUCAGUCCUAUUCCCAGAGGCAGCUUUUCCAAGGUGAUUCCUGACACAGGAGAUGGUAACUGCUACAGGUAAAGACCAUCUUUAAAACGGAACAUGGAUUUAAUAAACUCAACUGAACAAAACAGUACAUCAGAAGAACCUUUCAAAUGGGUGACAUCCAAGAUCCUCAUUUCCAUUACCCUGUCUGUGCUGGCUCUAAUGACAACGGCCAUCAAUUCUCUCGUGAUGACUGCAAUAAUUGUGACAAGAAAGCUCCACCACCCCGCCAACUAUCUCAUCUGCUCUCUUGCAGUGACUGACUUCCUUGUGGCAGUGCUGGUGAUGCCCUUCAGCAUUGUCUACAUCGUGAAGGAGGCGUGGAUCAUGGGCCAGGUGGUGUGUGACAUUUGGCUGAGCGUGGACAUCACGUGCUGCACUUGUUCCAUCCUGCACCUCUCUGCCAUUGCUUUGGACCGGUACCGAGCGAUCACGGAUGCCGUGGAAUACGCCCGGAAAAGGACGCCUAAGCACGCUGGCAUCAUGAUAGCAGUUGUAUGGAUCAUAUCCAUUUUUAUCUCCAUGCCACCUUUGUUUUGGAGGCACCAGACAACCAGCAGGGAGGACGAAUGCAUCAUCAAACACGACCACAUCGUUUUCACCAUUUACUCCACGUUCGGCGCCUUCUACAUCCCGCUGGCCUUGAUCCUGAUCCUGUACUACAAGAUCUACAAAGCAGCAAAGACAUUUCACAGGAGAAGCGUCAGCCGGAUCGUGAGGGAGGAGGGCGUGAACGGACAAGUCCUUUUGGAUGCAGGUGAAAGAAGCACCAAAUCAGCUUCAAUGCCCAGCACAACAGAGAAGACCUCAGAUCCCCUGGUGAGCUCUGAUAAAAUCAACAUCACCCUACGAAGUCCCAGGUCUGAAUCCAAGCACGAGAAGUCCUGGAAAAAACAGAGAAUCUCCAGCACGAGAGAGCGAAAGGCAGCGACGACGCUGGGUUUGAUCCUGGGGGCAUUUGUGAUCUGCUGGCUCCCAUUUUUUGUAAAAGAAGUAGUUGUUAAUACCUGUGACACAUGUCACAUCUCAGAGGACAUGUCUAAUUUCCUGGCAUGGCUGGGAUAUAUAAACUCCCUUAUUAACCCUUUAAUCUACACAAUCUUUAAUGAAGAUUUCAAGAAAGCCUUCCAGAAGCUUGUACGGUGCGGGCAAUACCUUUAAGAGCUUUUGUUCAUAUAAGGAGAACACAUUCACUGUUUUUUAACCUGUAUAAAUCUAUAUAACUGAGAUGGCAUUUGUUGUAUUUAAGGCAAAGCACCAGGACUCUGUAUUUGCAUUAUAAUGACUUGUUUUGUAUAGGUAAUAUUGGGAGCAUUAAUUGCCCAAGUUUUAAAGAGAUGGAUCAUCUGGGAUUGGUUUUGCUCUAGAAAAGAGGUAGCUCUGAUCUAGUUGGGAUUUGCACAGCUGCCUAGCUUGAAGCAUAAGGUAUUACCUUAAAUAUGAAGGAAAUGUGCACUUGAAGUAGAUGAAGAAACAAAACUUUUUUUAAAAGUAACCCUCAGUCAUCAAUGAAAUGUUAAGUAAAACAACACACACAUUUUAAACCCUACUGAUAUAAGAUAGAAAAUACGCCAUGGAAUGACCACAUGAUUUUAACAGUCUGGCACAGGCCUGCAGCAUAGAGCCAAGCCAUUCUCAGCCAAGGGUAGUAGCUUUAAAUAUACCUACCAUCAUCCUAAGUCAGUGAGCUGCAGCCCUGCCUUGUGCCAUAGGUGGACUUCCCUGUGUUACACAGCAUCCCAGCAGCAGGCAAGGGGCUCUCAUGGCUUACCAGUUUCAUAGCAAGCCAGUGUUGGGAGCCCUCUGCUAUUGCACACCCACAGCAGAUGUGAGCAUAACCCCAAGGGAAACAGCCAAACAUCUGGGGCACCUCCAGUGAGCUGGGUACACGGAGUGCCUGGUGCUCUGAGACACUGCUUGUGAGGGAAAGGGAAGGUUCAUAAGGAGCAGCUGGUUCUCCUUGUGGAGAUAUUAGAAGGGAGAGAAGCAGGAGACAAGGAGACACUCCUUUCUCCAUGUCCUCACUCCUGGCCAGGCACAGAGCCUGUGACCUGCAGCACCAACCCAGCCACAGCUCAUGCCAGGGCUGAGCACUGCUGCCAGAGGGUGGCUCAGUAAGGUUUGAAGGACUGGGGCUGACAGCUCCAGCUCAGCAUGUUCAGCCCUCCAUCCUCAGAAGCCUGAUGCCCCUGAGCCUCUUCUCAACUGCCCCAAGCACCAGGGCUGUGCUGCCUUCCCAAGCAAGUGAGAAAGCACCACAGUGCUGGCAGCAUGGGUCUCUGGAAAAGGCUGUGCAGCACCUUCUGCAGCAGGGGAAGAGGGAGUGGCCUCAGUAUGCACUGCACACCUGGGCAGGGAAUCCUGUGGAACACUCACUAGAAGCUCACCUCUAAACCCCUCCUUCCUCCAGAGCAUCCAUCCAUAUCCCCAUUCCCAGCAGUUAACACGGCAUCACAGCAACUCCAGCCCACCCUAAGUUACUUAGUCAAAUACGACCUCUAUGAACAAAUCCCUUCCAAGGCCUGAAAGAUGGCAGCUUGGCCAAUCCUGACCAACAUGCUCUAGAUGCCAAGCUACGAAGCUGUUAGAGCCACACCAAAGCUCAGGUUUUGCACUUUUCAGGACAAACAGAUUCAGGCUGUGUCACUAAGAGCCCAGAUUCAAAUUCUUUGUCAGACAUUCAGUGCUGCCUCACAGGAACAGAGACUUCAAACUCCUUACAGGGAUCACAAACCACACUGUCAGCAGCAGCAACCUCCUGCAAAGGUUCUCCACUUUGGCACCUGGGCCACCAGCCUAGGGACACCACAAAGGAACUGAGAAAUGACAGCACCAUGGUCACCUUUAGUUGGGGAAAGGUGUCACUGGCCCUUGCAAUUGUUCUUCCAAGAGACUUUCAGUGGUUUGUAUUAGAGAAAAAAGUCACUGUCAUUUGUGUCUCCCCCUCUCCUUCCUCUGUAUUACAAACUCUGUAGUUUGUAAUCAUUUUUGCAUUUUCCCUGCUGGCUACCAGCUGACACAACAGCUGUCAAAAGGGUUUCCUGCAAGAUGACGAGGUUUGAAACCUGAGAUACUGAACUAAUUUGUUUCUGUCACUUACAACUUACUGUAUUCUGCUUUCCCAUCGAGGUCCAAAUGAAAUGCUGUUCAGAAUUAGCAGAAACAGAGCAUUUGCUGUUGAUUUUAACACAGCCAGGGAUCUAAUGGAAAGCUCCCUUGUCAUGCCAUGGAGCCCUAG